AUGGCAGACAAUACUCGGAUGAAAGAAAUUUUUGCAGAAUUGAAGAAAAACGCAGAAGCCAUCAAUUUGGUAUCUGAAGAUUUGCACGGCCAGAUCGAGCGUUUGGAAGGUUCCAGCCGCGCUCAAAUCGAACGAAUGGAAGCGAUUCAGGUACGCUAUGUGAAGCUUGAUUUCCCUCGUUUUGAUGGGAAAAAUGUGAUGGACUGGAUUUUUAAGGCUGAACAAUUCUUUGAUUACUACUCCACACCUGAUGCUGAUCGAUUAAUUAUUGCUUCUGUGAACUUAGACCAUGAGGUGGUACCGUGGUACCAAAUGAUGCAAAAAACAGAUCCCAUGCUAUCAUGGCCAGCUCUCACUCGAGCUUUAGAGCUUGAUUUUGGACCAUCUGCAUAUGAGUGUCCUAGAGCUACUUUGUUUAAAUUAACUCAAGCUGCAUCUGUUAAUGAUUUUUAUAUGCAAUUCACUGCAUUAGUGAAUAGAGUUGAUGGAUUAAGCCGUGAUGCUAUCUUGGACUGCUUCAUUAGUGGAUUACAAGAGGAGAUUCGCAGAGAUGUUAAGGCUAUGGAACCCAAAAUUUUAAGCAAAGCAUUUGCUCUAGCCAAACUAUAUGAAGAAAAGUACUCAACAAAUAAACCGAAACCCUUCACAAGCCAUGCCAGAAACUAUAACCAAAACAAUACCACCACCAACAAAAACCCUCAAACUAGCCAAAUAACUGACACUACCAAAAACAACUUACCUCCACUCUUACCUACCCCUCAAUCCAAGCCAUUAUACCAAAAAAACCAAAAUAUAAAAAAAAUUUCACCAGCAGAAAUCCAAUUAAGGAGGGAGAAAAAUUUAUGCUACUUUUGUGAUGAAAAGUUUUCUCCAUCCCAUAAAUGCCCUAACAGACAAGUGAUGUUAUUGCAACUGGAAGAUGAAGAGAAAAUUCAAUCAGACCAAACAGCAGGGGUGUUAUUAGAAGAGGCCAUUAUUAAUGAGCACCAUUACUUAUCCUUGAAUGCUAUGCGCAGAGCUAAUGGGAUUGCAACAAACCUUAGAGUUUUAGUGGGAAACGGCCAAGUGUUAAAUGCUGAAGGCAAGAUUCAACAAUUACCAGUGCAAAUUCAGGGCCAAGAAAUUAAAAUACCUGUGUAUUUGUUGCAAAUCUCAGGUGCUGAUAUCAUAUUGGGUUCCACAUGGUUAGCAACACUUGGACCUCAUGUGGCUGACUAUGCAGCAUUAACAUUAAAGUUCUUUCGACAGGGUAAAUUUAUUACCUUACAGGGUGAGACAAAUAUGGAGCCUAGUCCAGCUCAACUACAUCAAUUCAGAAGAUUGCAUUACACUGAUGCUAUUGAAGAGUGCUUUGCAGUCCAAUUGAUAAAAAAAGAAUUACCUGAAGAUAUUCUCAGUGAAUUACCAUCAGCCAUUGACCCUGAAAUUGCUAUGUUACUGCACACAUAUGCUGAUGUUUUCAAGGUUCCAUCAACACUACCACCUCCAAGGGAGCAUGACCAUGCUAUUCCAUUGCAGUCUGGGUUUGGACCAGUUAAAGUAAGACCUUAUAGAUGCCCCCACACACAAAAGGAGCAGAUCGAAAAAAUGGUGCAUGAAAUGCUUCAACAAGGUAUCCUUCUGAUUGCGUUUCAGCAAGUGUACUGA